ACCACAGACGCUCACCAGGGGCCGCGGAGGGAGGGCCGAGCCAGAUCGGGCCGUACUCCGGCUCCCAUUUCCGGCAUCGCGUGCUGCCUUCUCCGGGUAAAGUUCCGGCGGGAAGAGCGGCGAAUAUCUGGCGGAGAAAUGUACCGGCAAUUAGCAGCUUCCAAAUGGGUUGCUGGUCGACUGUGUUCAAGGCGAAACUUAAGCUUUAUAUUCCAAGAAUAUCUGGCAAGACAGCAGAAAACAUGCACCUACAACAAAAGAAAACAUUCUAAUUGUGUUCAUGAUCCGAGAACAUUAUGGACAGAUCACACUUGUCUCCAGAGACAAAUUCUUGAGAAAGGAAUUCCUUGGAAGAAUGCACUUUGCUUAACUCUCUGUUUAAUGUCCAACAGUUUGGUCAGAACUUAUAAUACAAAGUCAUAUCCUGUUUUAAACGGAAGUAUUCAGCCAAUUCACCGACAUGUUUUUGAAUCUAACUCGCACAACAGUAUAGUCUGUGCUGAAAGGUAUUCGGAACUGAUGGAGCAGGUAAUACAGGGUGGAGGUGAAAAAGCAAUUUUGAGGCACACCCAGAGGAAUAAAAAACUCCUGGUCCGAGACCGUUUACAAUUGCUUGUGGACAAAGGGGAGAUCCUGGAGCUGUCUCCUUUUGCUGGCCUGGGAAUGCCAUAUGGAGAUAUUCCUGCUGCAGGCUGCUUAACUGGAGUAGCUAAAAUCAGUGGUGUCUGGUGUGUAUUCAUUGCUAAUGAUGCAACAGUCAAAGGAGGGACAGCCUACCCAAUCACCGUGAAGAAGCAGCUGAGAGCCCAGGACAUUGCAAUUCAAAAUGGGCUGCCUUGCAUUUACUUGGUGGAUAGUGGGGGAGCAUUUUUACCACUUCAGGCAGAUAUAUUUCCUGACAAGAACCACGGAGGUCGAAUGUUCUACAAUGAAGCAGUAAUGUCUGCAAUGGGCAUACCUCAGGUAGCAGUUGUGUGUGGCUCAUGCACCGCUGGUGGCGCAUAUAUCCCAACAAUGGUAGAAGAAACAGUGAUGGUGGACAGGAUUGGGACAAUAUUCCUUGCUGGACCCCCACUUGUCAAAGCAGCAACAGGGGAGGAUGUUAGUCCUGAAGACCUUGGUGGUGCAACUCUGCAUGCAAAGAUUAGUGGAUGCAUUGAUCAUUUUGCAGCUACAGAGGAAGAAGCGUAUGAAUGUGUCAGGAAUAUUAUCGCCACUUUAAAUUUUGAUCUUCCAUCAAACAAGAUAUCUGACUUUGAAGAGCCUGCUUAUGCAGCUGAUGAACUGAAUGGUCUUGCUCCAAGGGAUUAUGCACAUACCUUAAAUGUUAAACUGGUUCUGAGUCGUUUGAUAGAUGGAAGUAGGUUCCUGGAAUUCAAAGCAUUAUAUGGGACUACGCUGGUAACUGGUUUCGCUCAGAUUAAAGGUCAUCUUGUUGGAAUUGUGGCCAACAAUGGAGAACUCACACAUAAUGCUUCACUAAAAGGCAGCCAUUUUGUGCAGCUUUGUGACCAGAGAGACAUUCCUAUCAUAUUUGUUCAAAACACAAGACCAAAUGUUACCAUGGCUGAAACAUUAUCUAAGGCUGAAGAUGUCACCAACCAACUUAAGGCCCAGGGCACCAUGAUAUCAGCUGUGGCGUGCGCCACUGUUCCCAAGAUAACUGUUAUAAUUGGAGGCUGCUAUGGCAGUGAAAGUUUUCCUAUGUGCGGAAGAUCAUUUGAUCCGAACUUCCUUUUUCUAUGGCCCAAUGCUAGGAUUGGACUAGUUGCCCCAAGUUACAACCCAGAGAUCCAGAAAUCUGAUGGAGAAAUCCAAGAUGAGAGACAACUGAAGAUCAUGAAAGAAACGCUGGAGAAUGAGAGUUCUGCUUUUCACUCUUCUUCCAGAGUUUGGGAUGAUGGUAUAAUACUACCUAAAGACACUCGGAUGGUAAUAGGUCACUGUCUAAAUAUCAUCAAACAGAAAUCUCGACCGCAUUCACAACCCGAAAAACAUGCUGUCCUAAGAAUGUAAACUCGGAGAAUGGCAUAAUUCAUCAACUCAAUCACUGAAGAUGAGCAGUUGUGGUAAAGAGAAGCAGCACAGGCUAAGAAAUUAAUAGUGAUCAAGUAUGGCAGGGCAUGCUCAAAGACCCAAACCAGUCAAUAUGUCUUUACGUGGCUAAUUAAAUUAAAUAUCAUCUUGAUCCUACGCUGUUCCUGGCCUACAGCAACAACCAAAAUACUUAGUAUCCCAAACCAUUCAAGGUUUCACUGUUAGGAUUGGAGUAAUUUUUAACAUUUGACAAUGGCAGUGAUUAAUACAAACGCCAUAAUUUUAGUCAGAACACAACUGCUUUCUGCUAAUGCAUGUUUUGUAGCUAUGUGUUGUAAUUCUCAUCUCCAAAAGAACAGCUUCUGCUGCACAGUGUGGUCUCAAGUGACCUUCAGUCACUAGCCUGUUAUGAGUUUUAAAUCCAAGAGCUAGCAAUGAAAGGCCACUGAAGUAACCCCUAUCCAUAAGUUGUCAGUCUGAAUGCCUUCAAGGUUUUGCCAAACAUUUCUCAUUUGUUUAUUAAUUUGAUGAUUUUAUAAUGAUGCUGCAAACUUCUAAAAUGAAAGGAACUGAUGUCACUAGGGGAGUAAGGUGCUUUCCCAGUAUUCAAGAACAGAUUUGAACUUAAUCUACAUUUUUAAAUGCAAAGAGUGAAAAGUCAUCCUGGAGUAUUUACAAUUAAGUUAUUUCUUCAGUUAUCAUACGACUCGUCGUGUAACAAGUGAUCAGCUUUUGAUUGAAGGAGAAGCCCUUUGCAAUAUCUUCAGUUACUCUUCCUUCCAUUUCAGACAAUGUUUGGUAGGUGACAAACAAUCCCUCAAUAUAUGGAACACUUGUUUGACAAGUCUAGAAUGCAGAUUUUUUUUUUAAAUUUUUGGCUUGUGUAGUUUAAUUUACAAUUCCAGUCCCAUCACAUAUUGGCUACUCAGUAAAUCAGAGCAUAACGAAGUACAAUUGUUACAUCAUCUCUCUUUUGCCCUCUCUUAGCCAUUCCUUUAGGGAAGGGGCAAUCUGGGGGCAACAAUUACACAGCUACUGCCAGGAGCCUAUUCUUGCAGAGAACUUCAUUAGGAAAUAUCUACCAAACUGGGACUGUAUUACACCUCCAUUGAAUGAUGUGCUCAGUUGAAAUCCACGUAUCCAGAUUGUCAUUCAUGAUUUAGCAAUCAGAAGUAGGAACACCCAAAAAAGAUGAUCUCUUAGUUGAAUUCCCUCUACUGGUCUGGCUGGUACUAGCUUUAUUUAUUUUCAUACGAAGAGCACAAUUGAAUGAAUAAAAGAUGUUAAUGAUGUUUACAUUCUUACCAAACACUCUGUUUAUUACCAGCAUCAUUAACUAUGAAAAUGUUCAUUCUUAGAGACAAGAUCUGCAAUUAAUCCUGUGAACUUUAUUUGUAGAUCAUUUUCACUUAAUUUUAAGAGUGAUGUAUUAUGGAAAUAAUUAUGAUGUUAAGAGGCUAGAAGAUCUCUUAAAAUUACUGAACCGUAUAUGAGGAAUAUACCAUCAGUAUGAGAAGUGCCUAAGAUUUCAUGUGCAACAAUUAAGUCUCUCAUGUCGUCAAGUCUUUGAGUUCUUGAUCAAAGCUGUAUUUAGUAGAAAUGUUAUCCUGGCAAAUUUAAGUUUCCAAAAUCACGCUUGUGUUUCUUUCUUGCAUUUAUCCUCCUGAUAUAUAUCUUAGUGAAUUCACUGUUUGAGUUUAUCCUCUUAACUACACAGAAAAAAAAUGUUUCAACCAUUGCCUUGUAUUCAUUUUAUACUUUGGUGUAGAUUAAUUUCCCAACCUCCUUCAAUUAUGAAAGAAGUGAACACUGCAUGAUAGUACAAUUGGAUAUGUGGAUUUUGAGAAAGUAAACUUUGGAAGAGAGGAAAUGAGGGAUUAAAGGAAAAUCUUUCACAGGUCAGAGGCAACGCGACUGAAAUAUCUAUUGUUAAUGUUGGGGGGGGGGGUGGCUUGGAAAUGGUGCGGAUGCAAAGGCAGCUGGAGAUGGAUAAUGAAGGACUUGGGACAUUAAAUAAUGGAGGAAGUUAUCAAUUACGGCUCAAUGAUGACAGGGACAAACGUGUAAGGAGAGAAGGAGGAUCUUAAACACAAAGUUGCAACCCUAUUUCCCCACACAUUUUAAGUGACAGAUGAUAUUUUAAGAGAAAGUGGAGCUUGGUGUGUAGCAGGCAUGUGUUUGCAAAAUAAAUGAUGCACAAGGUACAGCGUGAAUCCAUUAAUAUGAACAGCACACCAAGUUUGAAUGAGCUGCCAGGAGGAAGAUGGAACUGGCAGUGGAAUUUUUAUUUUUAAACUUCACACUUCACAAUGCCCAAAUUGCAAAAAUGUAAUUUUUUUAACGUACUAUUGGACGGGUUUGAAAAUGCAGAGGUAAAAUAGAAAGGACCCAAUGUAGAGGAGGAUAUGAUCAAUAAAACAAAAAAAACUGCAGCUACUAGAGAUCUGAAACAAAAUCAAAAAUUGAAGAAGAGUCACUAGACUCAAUGUUAACACUGCUUGCUCCCCACAGACACUGACAGACCUGCAAAGUUUUUUCAACAAUUCCUGGCUUCACGUGAGGAUAUAAUCAACUUUGUUAAACAUUCCAGGGCAGUGAACCACAGCACAAAAGAAUAGUGCAUCAUGGCUGCAUUCAUGGGAAUUUGAUUUUGACCAGAAAAGGAUGUAGCAGAAAGUUUGGAAUUCAAAAUGGAAAUUUUUGAAGCUAAGUUCAAGGGAUAUUACAGAUAAACAGUACUUGCAAAGAAUGUGGAGUUUAAAAGGUGCAUUUUUUUUGAGCACUGGGAAUGUGAGUUUGGAAAGGGAAGCGAAAAUGAGGAGAAUUGUUUUACAUAUCAAUUGAACAGUGACAAGGAUAGGUAACUGAGCGUUUCAGAAAGUAGUGGAGAAGGGAUCAAGGCUAGAGUAAUGUUUGAAGAUGAUAAUGGAAAUUAUAGGAAAGAAAGUGCUGAUAAGGAGUCAUGGUAAGGAUUUUGUGAACAAAACUAGUCACUGAGAAGGGGUGAGAAACAGACCUUUAAAACAAAGUAUCAGAGAUAAUGGGAACUGCAGAUGCUGGAGAUUCCAAGAUAAUAAAAUGUGAGGCUGGAUGAA